CCUAUGGUUAUGCCACAGUGCCAGUGCCAAGGAGACUUUCUGUCAAUAAUCUAGAAAAGAUCAUUCUGGGUCCGUGGAAAGUCGGUGUUUUCUGGAGCUUUUUUCCCAACUUUCACCAGCAUGUGGCACUUGAGUUGAUAAAUUUUUGAAUCUCGUCGUUGUUCGACAACACCCUGUGGUCACAAUGCUGAACCUGUUGGAUGGAAUGAAAAGUUUGCUAUCGUAAAUUCUCCGAGCUCUCAGCAUUCACAGAAAGCCCAAAGGAUUCUUCCGGAACAGUUGAAUGAAGGAGAGCCGGCCAUGAGCCAGCCAGCUAGAAAUGCCAACCAGGAUCAUGUUACCAGAAAUUUGUCGUGCUAGUGUUGUUUCAAGUGUACCAAACGAACUGCAUCGAUGAAAAACGAAACCUUUGAAUACCGUACUGAUAGUGCUUAAGAAAUAACCGUAACAAGUGGUGAAUAUUCAAGACUAUAAAGUUGUUGGUGGCUCGAGCUGUUUCUCCUGUUUUCGCCGAAGGGAAAUCUGGAAGCAUGCUGAAACCGAUCAAAUCGUUGCUAACCUAUUUGCACAAAAAUUCCAAUGGAUCCAACGGUGUUGGAGUAACCAACGGAAUUGGUACCAUGGAGGAAACAAGCCUGGAUACUAACAGUGCUAUGGACGGCGCCGAAGAAACGCCGUGCGAGGAUCCCCUGUACGACCCGCUAGCCCUCGAUGGGGAAGAGGACGUACUGGGGGCAUGUGACGGUGCAGGGAAUGUGGAAAGAAUCGAUUUGAACAGCAGUAUCUGCAGCACUGUGAGCAGUGUGACCGCUGAAACUGCGAACACGAGUUGUAGUGAUUUGGACAGUUCUGCCGGUCAGAUUAUACUGGUCGAUGUGACCAGCCUGAAACAGGGAAGUGAGCUAGCGAGGGUAACGGGAGAACCUGCUGUGACUAUUAGUGUAAACGGCCUUGAUGACAGUGGCAUGUCCCUGGAGAAUGGGCACAAUAGUGAUGAGACCAAGUCUACCAACCUGGAAGAUGAUAGCUUUACGACGGCCUCCUGUGGGGAUACCCCAAACGUGACGGUGACGGAUUUGGUGGUACCGGAGGAAUGUCCAGAUGUUGCCGAUCGUUCCAACGCUGAAGAAACUGAUCCGAUCGCAACGAGCUCGACUAAUACUCAGGAACCUGAAGAGGAAGAAGCAAGCGAUGGAUCAGAUUCAGGAUUAGGAUCCGAACCGUCCAGGAAUCUUUCGACAUUGGAGAAAGAAAUCACAGAGCUGCCUCCGGUGAAAAGCAAUCUCAAGCGGCGCUCGGCGGAGGAAACGACCGGUGCGAGUAACGAAAAGCGACCAAAGAAGGGCAUUACAUUUGACGGGGUGACGGUCUACUAUUUCAGUCGGAUGCAAGGUUUUGGAUGUGUACCAUCACAGGGUGGAUGCACUCUCGGUAUGGAAAUUCAGCACAUGCAUUCAAGGAGGUUUACCUUGGCCGAACAUGCCGCCGAACAGAGGAAAAUGCAUCGAGCACAGCUGCAGGAGCUUAAUCCUCGCAGCAGCUCUAGCGAAGAAACGGACAGCGACGAGGAACCAAGCUGUGACAGCGGUUCCGAGGGUGAAUGCGAAUCCUAUGGUUUCCUACAGCCGGUGACGGCUCGACAGCGACGGGCACUCCUCAAAGCAGCCGGUGUGCGACAAAUCGAUUCUUCCGAAAAGGACGAGUGCCGAUUGAUUCGAACUUCUCGGGAAGUAUGCGGUUGUACCUGCCGAGGAUACUGUGAUCCGGAUACGUGUGCCUGCAGUCAGGCUGGCAUCAAAUGUCAGGUGGAUAGGCCAAAUUUUCCUUGUGGAUGUACACAGGAUGGUUGUGCCAACGUCAUGGGUCGGGUUGAGUUUAAUCCAGCUAGGGUGCGAACACAUUUCAUACACACUAUCAUGAGGUUAAAUUUGGAUAACAAGACAAAUGGGGACACGGACGGUGGGAUGGCAAUGGGAGCUAAUGGUGGUUAUGGUAGCUUGAAAGACUGGUCUAGUGGUCCUGUACGGUUACCAGGACUGUACGGAAGGCUGGCAGUCAAUGGAGGAGCUGAUACUGUGGAUGGAUAUCACCAUCACCAGCAUCAUCAGGCUCACCAUCAGAUGCAGCAUCAAUACGCAUUAGCGGGGCAUAACUAUCUAGGCAAUCAUUCGGUUCCACAAGGAACAGAUUCUCUAGAUCUCCAUUACGCUUUUAGGGAUUACUAUUCUUCCAAUCAACCUACUGAUCAAUUGCCGAUGAAUAAUGCACUAAUGGCACCUUACUACGGAAAUUAUCCAACCAGUCUAGAACAAUACCAUCAACCUCACCACAGCAGUCUUAUUUUGGACCACCACCAGCAACGGCAACAAGAUCCACAUUCCACAAUCUACCACGGACAGAUGGUAGAAUGCCUCCCGGGAACUUCGACCUCGAAUACCAAUACCACGGUAAUAAUGGAUGAAGACACAACCCUAAACACUCCUAUCAACCCAAAUUUCGUCUGUGACGAAACUCUACCUUGCAGCAGCACCUCCAAUUUGGUAGACCAUGGUCUAUCGCAAACAAAUCCUCUUAAUACUAGUUCCUCCUGUCCAGAAAAAGUAAUUAUCCCCGAAACAUCGGAGCCCCUACCUGAAACCAGCCCUCUGGAUACUGGCGGAGAUUUCAUUGACCUUAACACCCCUCUAGCACCAAGUAGCGAACGUUUGGAAGCCAUUAAUGAUCUCCUCGCCAGCAGUAGACAUUCGAUUGGCAUCGUCAAGCAAUCCAUUAUUGCCGAAGAAGACGACGAACUAAGCGACUUCCGGGAUCCACCACAGAUUCCCAUCACCCAUGCUGCAGAAUCCAACAACACACUCACCGAAACCAACGAUACUCAACCACUGGAUGUUCCGAAGAGUACUGCAACUACACUCGGUACGCCCAUCCUGCAAGAUACCCAUUCGGACCCUACCAAAGUCGCCGAAGUCCCUGAACAAGUCGCCCCUAGUGCCGUAAUCGAAACGACCGAACACUUAAGUGAAAUUAUCAAAAAUAGUAUUGUUGAAACUGUCUCCAAUUAGACGUAGCUAAUGGUAGCUAUCAGAAAGCGUAAAUUUAAAUCUUUAUGUUUCCGAUCCCUUCUAUAUCAUUCCCCUAUCUAGCAAUUGAUGAAAUUGUUUAAAAAUUCUACUUUUUUCCUAAUUUUGUUUAAACUAUAUCUUGUUAUCUAUCUGUAUUUUGUUUCCUGGCUUUAAUUGCACCUUUACAAAUUGACUCACAUCAGCUUUAAUCCACUUUUCAACUAACACUACUGACAUCCGGAAUCAGGAGUGAGGCGGUAGAAAAAGAAAAACUUGACUCAUAGUUGAAUUUAUGCCGUUUAUCAUAGAGGAAUACAAUGUAAGUUGGUCUAAAUUGUGAAAAAGCGAACAAGAAACCAGUUAGGGUAGAA